CACACUGGUGUCAAUAGCAUCUUCCUUACAUUAAUCAAACCAAUCUGUACCACGUAAACUUAAGCAAACAAGUAAAACGCUUUCUAGAACCCGGUACCGUAGCAUUUUUACAACCCCGAGAGCAGCGCCCCGAUCGAUUGAUUCUAAGCAGCGCUGGCUGCUGUUGCUGACUCGUUGUGUGAUGUUGAGUGUGAGAACGUGUGGUAGCAGCCACAGUUUUUCAGAUAAGGUGGUGCUGCUGCUGCUGUUGCUGUUGCUGCAGUCAAACGCUGAGGGGAGCGGGAGUUGGACUAACGUGAACAUGGAGAAUUACUACCGCUUUUUAUCUUCUUGCCGGGAGAUUUAAUAAACGUAAGCAGCCAACCGCGACCACUGACAUUAAUUCGUACCAAAACCUACUGUGAUGAAACAAAGAAGACAUCAUAUUUCUCUGCGUCCAGUACUACGACUGAUUUUCUUCUCUCUGAUGCUGGAACUGGUAGUACCUGAGUAAGAUUUUUCUGUGGCCUCAUCACCCGAUCUAUUGCUUGCCUUGAUCCUUCUGUAACAAAGAGAAUGAUUGAUGAGGGUGGAAAAAGAGGCAAGACCGUGGCGGAGAAGAGACAGCUUUUCAUGGAGAUGAGGGCUCAAAAUUUUGAUGUCAUCAGGCUUUCAACGUAUCGGACGGCAUGCAAACUAAGAUUUAUUCAAAAGAGAUGUAACCUCCACCUUGUCGAUGUUUGGAACAUGAUAGAAGCCUUUCGAGAUAAUGGCCUCAAUACACUGGACCACAACGCGGAAAUCAACGUGUCUCGACUGGAAACCAUUAUCUCGUCCAUUUACUACCAGCUUAACAAACGACUUCCGACCACACAUCAGAUCAACGUGGAUCAAUCUAUCAGUCUUCUUCUUAACUUCAUGAUAGCUUCUUAUGACAGUGAAGGCCAUGGGAAAUUGACAGUGUUUUCUGUAAAAGCUAUGCUGUCUACAAUGUGUGGUGGAAAAAUAGUGGAUAAACUAAGGUACAUAUUUUCUCAGAUUUCAGACUCUAAUGGAAUGAUGAUAUAUACAAAGUUUGAUCAGUUUUUGAGAGAAAUAUUAAAGCUCCCGACAGCUGUGUUUGAAGGCCCUUCUUUUGGAUACACAGAACAUUCGGUUCGAACGUGUUUUCCACAACAGAAAAAGAUUGCGCUGAAUGUGUUUUUAGAUGCAUUAAUGGCUGACCCACCUCCCCAAUGCCUGGUCUGGCUACCUCUUAUGCACCGACUGGCCAAUGUGGAGAAUGUCUUCCAUCCUGUGGAAUGUUCAUAUUGUCAUAAUGAAAGCAUGAUGGGAUUUAGGUACCGAUGCCAACAGUGCCACAAUUACCAACUCUGCCAGAACUGUUUUUGGCGUGGUCAUGCCAGCGGCACCCACAGCAACCAACACCAGAUGAAGGAACAUUCUUCUUGGAAAUCACCUGCAAAGAAGCUGAGCCAUGCGAUAAGCAAGUCUCUUGGAUGUGUUCCAAGCAGGGAACCCUCUCAUCCUAUGUUCCCUGAACAGCCAGAAAAACCUCUUGACUUAGCGCACAUAGUCCCUUCAAGACCCUUGCCUAAUAAUAUGAACAACACCAUGGUAAUGUCUUCCGGGGCACCUACCCCAACAAAAAGGUUGCAGCACAGCCUGUAUAUGGCCAGUCGAUUGGCUGAUGAACAUGCGUUGAUAGCAGUAUAUGUGAGCUGGCUACAGAAUGGCACACGUGUUUUGGAAAGCCCAAGCAGAUUAGAUGAAGAACACAGACUCAUCGCCAGGUAUGCAGCUAGACUGGCAGCAGAAGCUGGAAAUUCUACUCAACGCCCUCCAACGGACUUGGGGUUUAACUUUGAUGUCAACAAGCAACAGAGACAGCUUAUUGCAGAACUGGAAAACAAAAACAGAGAGAUCCUGCAAGAAAUCCAGCGCCUGAGACUGGAGCAUGAGCAGGCCUCCCAGUCCACGCCAGAGAAAGCCCAGCAGAACCCCACACUGCUUGCCGAGCUGCGACUCCUCAGGCAGAGAAAAGAUGAACUGGAGCAGAGAAUGUCAGCAUUGCAGGAGAGCCGACGAGAGCUGAUGGUGCAGCUUGAAGGACUAAUGAAGCUGCUUAAGGACGAAGAACAAAAGCAGGCAGCUCAAGCGGCAGGCUCACCUCGUUCCUCCCCCAGCCACUGUGCUAGUUGCCCGAUGCCAAUGCCGGUCCGCUCAACAUCAGCUGGCUCCACCCCCACACAUGCUCCUCAGGACUCGCUGGCAGGAGUGGGGGGCGAUGUGCAGGAAGCCUUCGCGCAGGGUGCCCGGAGGAACCUUCGCAAUGACUUGUUAGUGGCAGCUGAUUCUAUCACAAACACCAUGUCCUCCUUGGUGAAAGAACUUCAUUCAGAUGAAGGUGGUGAAGGCGAGGAGGAGGGGAAGAUGCAGAAUGGAAAAGACCGGGAUUAAGUUGGAAGAAACAAAAUUAAACAAUCCAAGCACAGUGACUGUACAGAGCAACUAAUCACAUUGCAGACAUACCCUCAUCCUUGCGGACAGGCACAGCAUUCAGUCAGUGAAGACACUGUCAUGUGGCUGAAAGAACAGAAUAGCAGUUCCAUUUAUGCAUGUAGUAUUUUCACAUUUUCUCAUCUGUUAAAGGCUUAGUUUUCAAAUGCUUUUCCUCAACAAAAAAAUAAGUUAUUUUGUGUCUAUAUGAAAACAUAUCUAUAUACACUAAAAUGUACACUUGAGGCCUGAUUUUCAAAGCUGGGUACUUACGUUUAAUAAAGCUCUAUUUAAUAAAUCUGUGGAAACACCUGAACAAAAUAAUGCAUUACAAGUAUUUUGAAAUACAAAAGCAGUGCAGAUUUAUAUUAAAUUGAUUUGAGUAAAUUUACUUAAAGUCCCCUUUUUGAAAACCAGGCCCUAUAGUAUGCACACAUUUCACUUACUACUGAAGAAGUACUAGUCUUCUGGUGUCUCUUCCUCUUUUUGAUGUACUGAUCUGUGGCCCUUUUUUAUGGGUAAAUGGUUUUGAGUUCUGAUUUCAGUGUUGCCAAAACAUAAAUCACAUAGAAGAGUACACUGAAGAUGCACUGAGGAUCUAUGCACUGAAGAUCUAUGCACAAAUGCCCAAACCAACAUUAGAAUUAAUUCCAAGCAAAAUGACAGCUCUAAGAAAUCUGAGCAUUUGCAUGAAGCGAUACCAUAACUGAUAGGAACGCUCACAACAAACCUGCAUCAUUUGACUGCUAUCCUGUACAUUUUAGGUUCCAGAGGGGAUCCUGUACAUGUGGUUUUACUUUAACUGCUGUCUAGUCUGGUUGUUAUCUCACUAGCCGAUAAAUUACGAUGGCCACCCUGUAGUCGGAUUUAAAAGUCUGUCUUUAAAAAGGAUGUCUCUGUAUUACAUAAUAUUGGAUUAUCAUCCGUGACAGUUCUAAUUUUUAAUUGGAUCAGAAAUAUUGUGGCUAAAAUAAGAUUUAUUUUGAAUCAAACUCUUUCCCCAUCAAAAAUAUGUAUUUAUCAAAAAUAUGUAUUUAUCAUUCUACAGAAAAAAAAGGGGGGGGGCUCAAAUAACAGUUGAUUGCUUUAAUGAUGAUAGAUAAAAAAAAAAAAAAGGUUCCUAUUGGUGUUUCUUGGAAACAAAGUUUAGGUUUUGAAUUAAAUUAAUUAGAAAAAAGCAAUCCGAAAUGUUAGUGUUACAGCUUAUAAAAUGUGCUCAGGGACAUAAUAAUUGUUGUUGUUACUGAAACCUGUAGCUCGUUUUAUGUUGAACGUACACUGAGAGGAACUGUUUUGUCAAAUACAGCGGUUUCAAACAGUUUGGAAAGGUUACAAAAAUAAUUAGAAAAUGUAUGUGAGAGUUCACGGUGCAAAGAGAAAGUUUGUUGUUGGUUGUGGAUGUGACAUUUUUAAAGAAACAGCUUUGGUAUGUGUUGGGAUUGCUCAAAAACAACCUGGUUGUCUGUUCAGUAUAAAUGUAGGAGUGUACCUGUUUCUGUUCAAAAACAGUGGUGAGAGUAUUGGGGAGGUGUUCUAUAGUAGGUUAAUAAGGUGAUGGCUGAGGUACGUUAAUGGGGUUGGUAUGUAUUUAUUGCAUUUGAAAAGCACUGUAAUAUUUUGUGUGUGUGUUUAUUAUUAUUAUUUAUGUUGCCUGUAAAACCAAAAAAGUCCACUGAUGUAUAUUGAAAUUGCAGUAUAUAUGUACACAAUGUGAUGUAAAAGCUGCAUGUGUCUUCCUAAAAAACAGUUAUAGAAAGCACUGAGCAAAGGAAGUUAAACCAGCCUGCCUUGAGGUAAUUGCCUUAGCUGCUGUCCCAGUGUGAGGGUCUUUGAGUUUUUAAGCUAUGUUAUUGUAAGAUUUUUAAAAAGCUAUACAUGGAGCGAACUCUUUCCCAUGUGCCGACUGUGGGGUGUGAAAAGGGAAUUGUAAAACCUACAAUCAAAUGCUGUUGUAAAAUUUGGUUUAGAAUAUAAGAUUUUUUUUUUUGUGUGUGUAUGUGCCAAAUUAUUUCUUCAGUUUGCAAUUGCUGUGUAUUGUUUAGGUUUCCUCUAUUUUUAAAGUCUCUUUAUUUUAUUUACAAGAACCAGUAAGUUAGUUGAAGACCUACCAGUACUUGAAACUGGUUUAUUACUGAGUGAAAUAAAUACAUAAAUGUUCAAGUUAGCAUAAAAGGAUACAAUUAAGUACAAUUGUCUAGGUUCAGCAACAUGGGUGUCUGACCAGAAGCACAGGUCUAAUCAUUGUCAAACUCUGUAAUAUAAUAUACAACACUUGUAAUAUUUCACAGCUGCUACUGAUGAUCAUAUCGAGUGGUUUGUAGAGGAGUGUGUGUAUUUCUGAACAUCAUGCAAAAUGUAUGAAUCCCCUGAGGUUUAUUUUAAAUAAUGUUUAGGUGCUGGAUGCCAUUGCUUGAUUUAUUUCAUAAUCCUGAUUUGAUGUCACCGGUUAACUGUGUUUCAUAAAUGAAUAAAAUGUGAAAUAAAAAAGAAAGAAAGAAAGAACGAACACCCAGUGCAUUACCUUUUGUAAAAUUCUAUUUUAUUUCUUAUUUUUCUUUCCUGGAAAGCAGGUAGAAAUAAGAUUCGCUGUCUGUAAAGCUGAAGAAACAAAAAAAACUUCAAAAAGCCAUUAAUGCAAAAAGUUGUUUUUAUUUUUACAUUGAAUGUUCAGGACAAGGCACAAGUGCAGUGAAAAGUGCAAAUAAGUGCAGGUGUUUCGGUCACAACCAUGACUACCCUUACUGUUCACUUUCUUUGUAACACAUUUUGUUGAUCACAUGUAUAAAGCAUCCAUUCAUUCCAUCUUACUUGCCUAUUAGGGGGUUAUGUGAAGUUUUAUUUCAUGUAUGAAUGCAUGCUUUAUACAUGUAAUCAACGUCAUUUGUUACAAAAGAACAUGAACUAACAGGGCUGAAUUCAAAAUGAAUUACUUCAGAACUCAGAGAAAGUGCAUAAGAUAUUCAGACGGUGUUCCUAUGGUAAAGUGUUACCAAAGACUUUAAUAAAGUAUCCCUUAAGAGAUUUGGGAAUUUCAUAUGUUUAACGAGUAGAUCUGCAUCACGUACAGCGCAGUGUAUAAAAAAAAAAGGCAGACUUCCCACCACAUGAGGUUUGGUUUUCAGUACUGUACAUCAUCAGCGAUAUAUGUAAAGCUAUGUCAAGGUUAUCAGUUUAGAUAGUCACAGAAGAACUUUUAAGCCUUUUAGUGAAAGUGUGUAUCUAACACAUGCAGUAAUACUCAGAUGCUUUGGGUAUGCUAUAAACUACAAUGGUGGAGCUUCGGUACAUUAACUCAUCGACCCGGAAGGGAAAUUAUGUGGCAGCCGCGGAUUGGAGGAGCGGCUGCAGUUGUUUACCAAGGGGUCAUGAGUGACUGUAUAAGUAGGUGUCGAAGAGACGUAAUCUGUUCCUUCGUUUUGGUUAAUGAAACCCGGAAGGACCUGUGCUUUGUGUAUCUGUAUCAUGAGUGUUUGUUUGUUUGUUUUGUCUAAUUGUUACUUGUUGUUAUUAGACAGCUAACAUGUUCCGGAGCUGUCACCAGAAGCCAGCUCAAACCCGGAACAGCCCAGCACUUGUAUCACAAAUAACUGUAUUUUCACCACAAGCACCAAUUCACACACUAACGGACUUGUGUAUGUGUUUUGUGUUUCGUGUGAGUGUACAAUAAGUGGGACUAUUAUUUCGGGACAAACCCGGGGAUUACAAUGUAAGUAAUACACGCCGCUGUAUUACCUAUCAUCAUUAUUGUUUACUGUUUGUUUUGCCAUCAGGCACUGGACAUACAAACCCAUUAAACAACUUUACACCUGGA